UCCUGUCUGUGGGAUGGUGCAUACAAAAGAUCCCUUGCUGCUAAUCAAAAAGAGUAGCCCAUGAAAUGGUGACAGUGGGUUUCCUCUCUUUCCAAGGGUUUCCACCAAGGGUACAAUGACCUCAUCCACAGGGAUAUUUUUCCUUAAUAUGGUAUAUUAAUUUACAUUUGUUAGCAAAUGUAUAUUUCAUCUAAGUAAACACCUUGUUAUGUAGACACUAACAAUUAAAUAUGUAUAUGAUCGAUUAAACCAUUAUCUAAAUUAUCAGGGUAGUUUCCAAAUUAUAUGUAACUUUUUUCAAAUUAAAUAUGUGUGAAUAAUGUUACUGUAUCUUUACUAUCCAUGAUAGGAACAGUUCUAGGAAAAUGACACUUAAGAAUUUAAGAGGCUGGAUUUAAGAGUACCUUAACCACUGACGGUAAAAGAUCAUCCACCGAGGGUACUUUUCCCCUGAUAUGAUGAACCCUCGAACUUCCAUCUCUGCCCAAACAUGAAGAAACACUUAGCUAAAACCGCUGUACAAGACCUUUUUGAGGAGCAAGAGGAAACCUUUUACAAAACAGAGAUCCAGGAGCUGCAGCACCGCUACACUCUUGGAUUAUUUGGUUGUGAUUAACCGACCAAAAGCCAAUUACAAACAGUACUCUUAUGAAUCACUGGAAAAUGCAUAUGAAUCGGUGUGCAGUGAAGGAAUGCCAAUUAAAAAAGCAGCCGCAGUCUUUUCGGUGCCAUAUUCAACACUUCAUGAUCGUGUGAGUGGCAAGAUUCAGCUUCAAUGCACCAGGUCUGGACCAGAAGCAUUGUUGUCACAGGAAGAGGAGCAGACUUUAGUCCAGCAUAUUGAAUUCAUGUCAUCUGUCGGCUACGGCUAUACUCGUACGGAGGUCACAGGUAUUGCUACUGAUUUUGCAGUUUACAUCGGAAAGAAAGAGAAGGAAGGCAAAAACUUAUCUUUACAGUGGUUUUACAGUUUUAUGAAGAGAUGGCCUGAACUGAAAGUACAAAAACCGAGAUCUCUGGAAAUAAUGCGUGCAAAAGCGACAUCAGAGGAAACCGUAAAUAUCUAUUUCAAUGAAUUGGAAACCAUUCUGAAUAAAUACAAUCUGAAGAACAGUCCACAGUCAAUAUACAACAUCGAUGAAAAAGGCAUUGUUGAAAAUCACAAACCUCCAUCUGUUGUUUCUUCACGUUUUGAAGUACCAGUUGCAGUAACAUUAGGCAAAUCAAACACGACAACUGUUAUUGGGUGCGGCAAUGCUCUUGGGGUGGCCAUACCUCCAUAUUUUGUAUUUAAGGGACAAAGAAUGCACCAGGAGCUCCUUUCAGGCUGUACUGCAGGCACCGCAGGGACAGUCAGUGAAACAGGCUGGUCCAAUUCUGAAAUCUUUCAGAUGUACCUGAGUGAUCAUUUUACAAAAUAUGCUCCACCGGCAUCAUCUGAUCAACCUAUCUUGAUUUUGUAUGAUGGCCACAAGUCGCACAUAAAUAUCUCCUUGAUUCAGUGGGCACGGGAGAGGAACAUCAUAAUAUUUGUUUUGCCUGCUCACACUUCCCAUGUUCUUCAGCCCAUGGAUGUUGGAUGUUUUGGCCCAUUUGAAACAAUUUAUAGUGGAAUGAAGCAUACCUAUUUGCGGGAACAUGCAACUUCAGGAAUUGACAGGUAUUCCCUGUGUGAGAUUGCUUGUAAAGCAUACUGUUCUGCCUUAACACCUGUCAAUCUGCAAGCAUCUUUCAGGAAGACCGGCAUAUACCCUUUUAAUAGAAGUGUCCUGAAGCCAUCAAAUUUUCUCCCAGCAACAGUGUUCUCUUCAACUAAAAUAGCAAGACAACAAGAAUCUGGAACGGUCACCACUGAUGUUAGCCCCAGCCAAUGCAACAAAUUCUUCAGAAGUGCUGAAGAGGCUAUUACAAGAAAUGCAAGGCCAACAAAGAAAAGAAAAGUGCUCAGUGCCGUUGUUGGUGGGAAGGCCAUCACUGAAGAUGACAUUUUAGAAAACAUUCAAAAACACCAAGAACAACAGCAAAAGAAAAAGCCCUUGCCUAAAAGAAAACCAACAAAACCAAGACCUACUAACAACACCACAGAUUCACAAAUGCCAAGCACAUCGGGAGUUAGCAGUAGACCAAAAGCAAACCGACAUGUUGCUAAUGACUCUGACACAUCCGAUGAAGAACCUGAGGAUUCCAAUGACCUGUGCUGCAAAUGCAAACGUAUGCAGCCAGAGGAAUUCAGACACUGUGUCUCACUCUGCUUUGUGUCCUGGGCUCAGUGCACCCACCCAUCAUGCAAUCAUUGGGUUCACCUUAAAUUCUGUACCUCUGUUAGAGUAGUGAGGCGAAACUCCGAAUUUUGGUGCCCUUGUCACAUAGAACAAGAGGAGUAAACAUUCAUCUGUGAAAUGAACAUUAUGUAAAUACGUUGUCACUUAAAACUGUUUUUUGGUAUGAAAAGUAUUCAUUAUUUUCGGCAAGUUACAAAUAGUUUACGAUUUAUAAUACCGAAAGUACAAUUUGCGGUAACUUAUUGCACGGAGUAUAGGCCCUACGCUACUAUAAUAUGGACAAAAAUAGACAGCCAAUGAAAGUAUCGAAAACAUAUGACACUUGUCAAAAUAUGGCGGGAUCACCUGUACGACUUCCCGUCUUGUUUACCGGCGGACAACUUGGCAUUCAUAGGAGGUUAUCACUGUUUUUCAUCACUAACUAAUGUGACUUGACAAAGAUGUUGCCAAAAACUGCAACAUAAAAGAGGCAGAAGCGGAAGUGUAUCUUAGAAAUUGAUAAAGAUAUACAUCGGAUCGAAGUGGAGUCCGCAAAAGGACGCACGAUAAGAAAAGGAACACUUGAGGAGGAGAGGCAACGUGCGAGGCCAACAGCCAUGGAGACGUCGUCGGAAUCCGAAAAAGAUGAUAAACAAAAUUGAUAUGUAGUUCGAUAAUAAAUGUUACAAGUGUA